AGCGAAACCGGCACAGCUCAAUAUUGAUCUGUGGAAAUGGAAAGGAGCAGUGAAAGAGAAGGAUGAGGCAAAAGUGUCAACAAUACCAGCUCAAAUUGUUGCCCGGGGUGGCGGAUGGGAAGCGAUGGUUUACGUUCUUAUGGAUGCUCUUGGAACGGAUCUCACCUCGCUGCUACAAAUGAUCGAUGCUUCACUGAAGGAGAGACAAUAUAACUUAGCAAAUCAGUUGACAAAGUCAUUGCAAGCUCGAUUAUUGGGCAAGAAACUACCUAAAAGCGAUUAUAAUCUUCUACUGACGUUUGCUGAGCAUUUCCGCGGUGAUCUUGCCGAAGAUAGUGUGGAGCAUGCAGUUCUCCAGCGUCUCUAUGCCCUAGCUUGGGCAGCAACUCUUGACGAACCAAACCUUGUGCUGUUGCUCAGAGGUGCUGGAGCAGAUGUGAACGCGACAGACCUAGAAGGUCGCACUCCACUGAUGAUUGCUCUUCUCGCGAACAAGGUGGAUGCAGUGCAGGCCUUGUGUGGUGAUGGAAUUUUGAAUAACAGCGAAACGACUGUGAAAAAGACAGCUAAGAACAAGCCUACGCGUAUGCUGCUGGGUGCUCUCCUGGCCAAGGGAAGGAAGAGAAAAGCUUCUGAAAGUGAAAAUGACGAACGAGCAGAAAGUGAAGAUGGAUCUGAAGGGGGAGCGCCUAGAUCGGGUUCUGGUAGCGAAGCUGAUGAAGAACAGCAGGACGAUAAUGAGAAUGAUGCUACUCCACCUCCAAAGAAGACAAAAAUCACAAAUAAGAAGUUGGACCUGAUGUCUACUGAUCGUAAAGGAAGAAAUAUAAUGCACUAUAUGGUUGCGCCAAUUCAGUGGGAAAAUACAGAGCUUUUCAAUCAGCUUCAUGAUGAAGCCCCAGCGAAAAUCAAGCAGUUAUUGCAACAGAAAGACAAGGAGGGAAACACACCUGUAGAUAUUGCUGUGAGGACAAGACAACGGAACAUGGCUAUGGCAAUGAAGUAUGUGUUAGGCACACCCAAGAAGCAGAAAAUGUCCAAUGGAUUAACCAUGGCUGAUCUUCCCGACGUAACAGAACUCGCCUGUAAGUAUGACAUCGAUGCGGACUCGAAAUCGUACAUUGAGCACUGGCAAGCCGAACAUGGAACUGAUAACGAACUUGAGGUCCCAAAACCCGCGCAAAUGAGUGGUUACAGGGAAACGGCUGACCUUGUUCGAUGUCCUGUUACUCAGCAGAUCAUGUCGUGUCAUCACUGA